UCCCCCAGUCCCUGGACCCCCGUCAAGACUCUGGGCCUCUUGUCAUUCUUAUCCCCUUUCGUCUCCGUCGACCCCAGGCGCAUUGUUCCUUUUGAUUUCCUCGUGCGCUCUUUACUUGCUACUGAGAGUUUCAUCUUUACUCACUCUCUUCCACACUCAUUUAUACAAUUGUUUUUGUGUUUUUACCGGCCUUUUUGCCUCACCACGUUCGCUUUUACAGCAGUCACUCACUUUAUUUGACGGAUUUGAUCUCGCGUUCAAGUCAUUCUACAGGAACAGAUAUUAUAAUUGGAUCACGCUAUAUACCUUUACCAUGAAGAACAUCAUCACUUACACCCUUGCGGCCACGCUCGCCGCCGGCGCUACCGCCCAGCACCACAACCACCAGCACAUCCACGCUCGUCGUCACGCUGGAUCCAAGGUCGAGAAGCGCAGCCCUGAUGUUAUCACCGAGUACGUUGUCGGUGCCACUGAGACUGUCUACGAGCUUGCUGGCAAGGAAAUUGACAUCGACGCCGCCAAGGCUGGUCUGAACGGAGGUAACCUCGUCAUUGUUGGCGAGUCUAACCCUACCUACGACGCCCCCGCUGCUCCUCAGACCCCCGCUGCUCAACCCGAGAAGGCUUCUGCUCCCAAGAAGGAGGUCGGCGCCCAAUUCUACGAAUCCAAGACCGCCGAAGCUUCUACCGCCGAGGCCUCUACCGCUGCUCCCGAGCCUGUGUACUCGACUCCCGCUGCCGUCAAGCCCAGUAAGCCCAAGGCCAGCAAGCCCAAGUCUGGCGGCUCCUCCUCUGGCUUCACUGGCAGCAGCUCCGGCGUUGACAAGAAGUUCAAGAGCGGCGAGAUUGACUGUGACACCUUCCCCUCCGAGUACGGCGCCGUUGCCCUUGACUGGCUCGAGCUCGGUGGCUGGUCUGGUAUCCAAUACGUUCCUGACUUCACCCUUUCCGCCGCUAGUAUUUUCAAGAUUGACACCGCUAUCAAGGGCGAUGGCUGCACUCCUGGUGCUAUGUGUUCCUACGCCUGCCCUGCUGGUUACCAGAAGACCCAAUGGCCCUCGGCUCAGGGUGCUGAUAAGCAGUCUGUUGGUGGUCUCUACUGUAACGAGAACGGCAAGCUCGAACUGACCCGCGAUGACUACGACACUCUCUGCGAUGCUGGUGUCGGUGGUGUCUCCAUCAAGAACGACCUCGACGAGGAUGUCGUCACUUGCCGAACUGAUUACCCUGGAACUGAGAACAUGGUUAUCCCCGCUGUUGCCAACGCUGGUGGCUCCGUUGCCAUCUGCAACCCCGCCCAGGACAAGUAUUAUAUCUGGAAUGGCUCCGGCACCUCUGCCCAGUACUAUGUCAACAAGAAGGGUUACAGCAUCGAGGACGCCUGUGUUUGGGACAGCCCCAAGGGUAAGGACGCUGGUAACUGGUCUCCUGUUGUCCUUGGUGUUGGUCAAGCUGCUGAUGGCAACACCUACAUCUCCAUCUUCCAGAACCUGCCCACCAGCACAGCCGAGCUUGAUUUCAACAUUGAGAUCACAGGAGAUGUCAACACAAAGUGCUCCUAUGUCAACGGAAAGUGGAGCGCUGGCGGAUCUGGCUGCACCACCACCAUGCCCAAGGGUGGCAAGGCUGUUAUCCGAUAUUACUAAACAAAAGUAAUUUUUACUUCAGUAGGAUGUGCGUUUUUGAAACUUCUUUGUCAAUAUUCUGGGCGGCAGAGCUCAGGCCUUUUCGGCCGCAGGUCACGGACGAGCGCGAGGCUCCCCCCUUUUGAGCUGGUUAAAAUAUUUUGGGUACCAUCUGGAUAACGAAGGGGACCGGAGCUCAGUUCGAUGGCCAAUCUUGGUUGUAGCCUUGGUCUCAGGCUCCUUUUACCAGCCGUACUUGUUUUUGCGAUUUAUUUCAUAUGUCAGCACGUACUUCAUACAUUGCAUUUUGGAUUGUGUCUUGUACAGUGCACUUGUCACGAACCGACUAUGCCUUGAAUCAUUGUAUGGCGACGAACGAAUACAGCCAGCGAUUGCGAUCAACUUUUGCAUUGGGAGGAGCCCACGUGGCGUUUUAUACCCCGAAGAGAGGGCGGUGCAGGAAUCUCUCGGAGCAUCAGCGACAUCAGACGGUCGACGCCGUUGGGUCCUGGAAUAAGAUGCCGCUCUUAGAACUUAACUUGUCUAUGUAAUGUCUUUGGAUUGGAUAGUGUAUAGUGUCUUUCUGAUUUUGGUAAUUGAAAUCCUCUCUUGCCUUUGCGGGAUCGUGUCUCCUCC